CAGAACCACUUCCAAUAUCAAGGACAGGUGACCCUCAACUGGACUAUUUGCACAGGACUCUGGACCUCCAGGAUACAUCCCUCCCCCAUCAUAUAAAAGAGCUCCUAUAAUGGGAAUAGGGCGCCGAGGAUAUGGUGAAAUUGCUGUUGACUACAGGUACAGAGGGGAUUUGUACCAGCAGAUACAAGUGGCUCCAGAUGGAUCUCACUGGUUCACCAGACAUCCAGGUGGUUCCUGGCCGGAUCCCCAGAGAGAAAGGAGCAUGUCCAGCCAGAAACAGCUUUACCCUGUGUAUACUACCAAGGAGCGCCCCGGUGGAGGGAUCCAAUAUAUCCCCUUUGACGACCCCCGCAUCCGCCAUAUAUCCUCAGCCUUGGGUGGCAACUCCCUGACGGAUGCUGACAAGAUCCGGCACAUCCGCAACGAGCUUCCCAGCGUCACCGUGUCGGAGCCUGUAUCCAACGUCAGUGCCUUUUUGCCCCCACCAUUGGGGCCUUUCAUCGCUGCCAAACUGGCCGAUGAUGUUAACCAGACGUCUUCUAGCGACUUCGACAAUGACAAUAACAGGUGGCACAGUGAUUUGCACAAAGAGGCUGUCGAUAACUUCCCAGCAACUGACCAAAACUGCAACAACAGAUAUCCCAAAAACCAUCGUUCUCCUUCAUCUCCCUCUUCAGCCUUCCAGGCCCCAUUACCAAGAAGUUCUUCUCGCCAGGGGUCCAGCUCAUAUCAGGUCUUUGCAGAAACCAUCACACAAGUGAAGAAAAUUGUCCCAGAUUCAGGGCCAGAGAACACUAAGAGAAGAGUGAGCGAGACCAUCUUCUGCCUUGUGUCCGUCCCUGUUCACACACCGACUAACAUUAGCAAAGACUUAGCAGCAGAUCAGAACAACAAUGAGACAAUGGCAAGUCUGACUGUCACCAACACAAACACUUUCGCUGUAGGUCUCAAAGAGAGCCCCAACAUACGGAGCAAGUCAGUGAAUGAGAUGCCCAUCCAACACCAAUACUCUCACUUUCACACCAGCAGCACGUCCUCAAUGAGGAACUACAAGAGGGCUCCUCUAAGGAAGGAGAUAAUAGAUGCUUGGGCACUUCAAGCCAGUGAAGACAAAGAGUUGUGCUCUGCUGGGUCCUGGCCUGGAAACCAGUACCGAAACCAGGAAACACAGACUGGCUCACCUUUGACAGUGGUGAAAAUUCAAGAGCCUCAGAGUCCUCCUGGCAGACAAGAGCCUGCUCAGUCGGUUUCAGACACAACCACAGACAGUGGUGUGGGGACAGACAGUAGCUCUUCUUAUGGUUACCCCAUGGCAGGCCAGAAAGACCUUCAUCCCUCCAGCAAUAGCGCCUUCUCCCGUCUUAGCCUCAGCCCAACACAACCGGCAUCCCUUCUACCCUCUCAACAAGACCCGUUCUCUCCAUCAAAGGCCCAGGAACAGGGAGAGCAGCCUUGCUCCCCCAGGAAGAGCAACUCCAGUCCCCCGGAGAGUACAGAGCAAGUGAGCUUUGGCCAGUUUCUCUUAAAGCCAGUGAACCGACGACCCUGUGAUGCCAUUGGUGAACUGGAGACCAUUAAUAAGGAGAUGGAAGACACAAUCAGCAAGAGACCCAAUGUUGGUCACUGCAUUGACGAUCUAGAUGGGAUGAAUAAAAGAUUAGCUCGGUUCAAAUCAGGAGCACAUUUCACUGCUGGUCCAGAAUCAGGCAGGGAAGCAAUCAGUCUUCCACCAAUGCACAUAGAAAAACCCAACAACCUAAAAGUCAGAUCAAAGUCCUUUGCUUCUACCGCUGAUCUAGACUCUAUGGACACGAAGAGUGCUUUCUCCAGAAUUCAGGCUAACAACAUAACACCAACAAAUGAGCUAUCCAUACUUUCUAAACCAGGCCCCAAAGACAGUUGCCUCCUGCCCUCACUACCCCUACACAAUGAGUCAAACCAGCUCUAUAGACAGGACAUCCCAGUGCCUCAAGAGUCCUUGCUGAGGGAUGUAGGGUUAACCGUUUACACAGAGACUCCUGGUGGUCCUGGGGAGCCAAUGCAGCGCUCACUCUCAGUCCCCCCUCUGCUCAAUCAUAAGGAGCUUAGUCAGUCAGUGCAGAUCUCGUGGGAGAGCAGGACAGCACUUGUUAAAAAUAGUGGUAGCCCCGAGCACAAUUCAAAUAAAGAGCUUCAAGCUGAGGUCGAGACUGAGAGAAAGGCUAAGACAGACAAUGUUCCACCAUUCAGGGGUGAGGUGAAUUUAAGCAUCUGUAGAACCAGGAGUGAAGGCAGCAGAUCACCUCAAAAAGAGGGUACUUCUCAUAUCACCAGGCUGACGAGGGGGGUUUCUUUUGCGUUGAAGGAUGAAGAUGAUGGCGGCAAUGGGAGAUACGCCAUCUCUGAGCCUCUGAUCUACAAGAAUGAGUCAACCAUUGCAGAUAAGCAUCUAGAAAACUUACUGAUUCUGGAGAAAGCCAAUUCUUUACCUGCAGAGGACCUCAGCAACCUGUAUGAGGUUAAAUACGCAAAAGGUAUACCUGAAAAUGAGUCCAUCGAACAGAGGGCUGCCAGAAUUCUGGGUAUUGCUGUUCCAGUGGAGGCCUUGGGUGUGGCUGACAAACAGUCCGAGGACAACCAGGACAAUAUGGAUACCACCGUAGUUGAGAAACUACAAAGUCCUGGGGAAGGGACACAGCAGGUGAUACGAGAGGGUGAGCAAGUCAAAGAUAAGUCCCUUGUCCAGGGAGCAGAGACCGAGGAGGUCAAGGGGACAGAAUCUGUAGUGGAACACGAAAAAGGGACAGACAAAAGCACAGCAGCAACCACAGUGAUAGUGAAAAUAAAGAGGAUACUGAGAUUCAGUCCCUGCUGGUACUGGAUCUGCCCGAGUUCCCACCUCAUAAGCUUCCCCUAUCCCUCCCGGCCCCUUCUGAUGACGAGCUAGCAUAGCAUGUGCAAUGUGGAGAGGAGGGGGCGAGGUGGACCAUGCAAACUAAUCGAAUCUUUGCAAGAAAAGCUAAACUCCUCCGCUUCUUCGUCUGCUUCAUCUCUGGGCAGGUCAACCCCAGACAGAAUGGCCCGUCUGAAAGAGCUGGACUCAGUGUCUCGAAUAAGACGCCUCAGCCUCAAAGGUUCAGAGUCUGGAGGAGAAGUUGACUCUGAGGAUAGGGAUGGUGACAGAGGGGAGAGUCAAGUUCAGGAAGCGACAAAGGAGGAAGUUGUGGAGCAACGAGAAGAGGAAGAGGAUAAGAAACUGGAGGAAGAAGGAGGGAAGGGGGAGGAUAACCCAGAAGCACAUGACAAGCUGGGAGAUCCUGAAGAAGACUGUAAACCUAAAGAAGAAGUAAAGGGAAAUAAAGGGAUAUGUGAGGAAGAGCAAAGACAAGAAGAGGAGGCAGAAGAGAUGCAUGUUGAGAUUGCACUAAAAGCAGGAAAUGAAGGAGUAAAAAAGUAGACGGCAAAUUGAAAACAGAGGAAUCAGAAGGAGAGGUGGAGCAGAAAAUUGUGGAGGAUGGCAAAGAAAAGCCUUUGGAGGAGAUAAAAGAUGGACAUCAUACAGUCGAGAUUAGCAGAGCUGAGGCGACACAAGACGCUGGCAGAGAAAAGUUGCCCAAACCAAAGCAGCGCACCAGGCUGCAGAAGCCUCCUUUGCUUCCUAAACCUCGCAGUGUUCCCAAGAGAGAAAUAACACUGCCUCUGAGCUUUAGCACUGGGACCUGUGGUCCCUCGAAUAUGGAGGAUGAGGAGAUGCUCUCUGUCUCAGACUCGUAUGACCCCAGUCGAGUGGAGAGAGUGUAACCUCAGUGGAAAUCUGUCUGUUCUCAAGUUAACAGCUUUUUCCCCAGCAUUAAAGGCGUACAUCCCACCUCACCGCUUAGUCAGCCGUGACCCCUCCAAUAUUGUUACGCAUUACACUGAACUGACUAUCCUGGUGCUGCAAGAGCAUUUUUACAGCCAAAUAAAGGCCCCCCGCCGGUCCUAAUUCUUCAGGCCUUUUCAACCUCAACGUCCUUGUCCUUCCAUUCUCUAAAAGUUCAGUUGCUCAAGCAAGCGGACUUCCUCCUCUUGAAGUUGUCUUUUUGUUUUUUAAAUUUGAUUUUCGGAAAAAUGCAUGUCAUUAUUCCCGUAUGCACUUGGGCUCUUUCUUGAGCUUCGGUGUUGAAAAAUGAAUGUAAAAGUGCUUCUGCUCAACAAACAUAAGAAAUGUAACAUGUAAAAAAAAAAGAAAGAAAAAAAAAGAAAGAAAGCAACAGUAUUGCAUUACAAUCAGUAUUAACCUACACCAAAUGUAAAUAAGAAAGAGUUAUAAGAUUUUAUUAAGAAUAUAAAAACAUCAAUUUAAAUCAUUUAAUUGCUGAAGAAAUGUAUAUUUUCUUUUCUAGGGUUUAAAAAAAGACUGGGGGUUUUUAAAAGUUUUGGGCCGGGGUGGAAUUUAAAAAUGAAAAACCCCGUUUAUUUUUAUAAUUGGGGGGUUGAGAAUGUAUCAGAGAGGGCCCGGGGAAUUUGAAACCCCGGGGGGUCUUUGAAUAGUUUCACUAUAAGAGCAAUUUAGUCGCAGUACGCGGGACAUUUGUGACAUGAUUUGAGAAUAAAUCUCCAUUUCAAGGAGCUGAUCUCAUUUAAACGGCUUUCUUUAAAGCUCCACCUUUUGGUACAAGUGUUAGGCUUGCACUGCUGAGAUUAUUGGCUUUAUGUUACCAGUGAGCACCUGUUAAUCUCUUCAAAUGCUCCGAGAUUACACUUGGAGGGAUUCCCGGUUGGCACCCUCCACAUUCUCCACCGCCGUCAGUCUCAGCACCAGUAACGUUUUAUCAGAAGCGUCUGAUUUAAGUGUUAUUUUUUUGUUCAUUCUCAUCCUGUUAACGAUGAAAAUGUAUAUUUUGUGGCGUUACCAGAAGUCUAUAUUUAACCAUGGUUUUCAUUCGUCCACAUCUUAGUUCAUGUGUGAUUUCAGAAGUGCUUUUUUUGAUGGGAAAUAACAGAUGUAGCUAUAUUGAUCUCAGUGUGCCUUGUACACACUGUUUCUGUGAAGAAAUUCAUUUGUGUGUAACACAUCCAGUAUUGUCAGUUUUUACGAAUCUUAAUUUCAACUGGACAGUGAUUCAUUUUGACUUUAAUGAAAACAUUUGGGAGGUGUUUUUGGCAAUAAUAAUACUGCUACUAAUAAUAAUAAUAUUUAGCUGUUGAAGCUUAAUGUUGAUGCUGUACAGAAAAUUGCUGUUGGAAUACUCACAGUAUCUGAACAUAUUCAAUCAUUUCGUGUUGACAUAUCAGGUGUGUUGUGUUGUGGGCAUAACUGGCAAUUGGUUUACACUCACUUCACGUAUGGGGUAGCAAUACAAGAAGAUUAAAAACAUACCAAACCAAACUUUAUGCUAUGCAUUGGACACCUACAUUUACUGGGCUUAGUAUCAAAAUUCAAAGCUGAAAAACGUCAACUUCUGCUUUGCUUGUUUGACAGUGUCACUCUUUGUUCCAGUAUUUGAUGUUGAACCUAGUUGGACGUGGUUGUAGACUUGCAUAGACGGGGCUAGUGGAAGCUCAGUGCAAGGUUUUGUCUCUGUCCUGUUACCAACCCAGUACCCGUACCUCUGUGUUCCAGGUAAAGUGUUAUCUGGCCAUUUGUAGGUCUUUUUGUACUGCAAGUUCUUUGUAACAUAUAUGAUAUGAUAUAGACUAUUGGUGCACAUCUUGCUUUGAUAUUUUCUAUUUUCAUACAGAAGUAUGUACAGCUUCUUUUGUAUGCGCAGCAUCUUUUUUUCUUUUCUUUUUUUUUUCUCCGUUUUGUUGUGCAUGUAAUGCGUAAGAAGUCACAAAGAGAAGGCAUAUUUGGAUAUAUUUGCAUUUGGUACUAUAUAGUUUAUCCAAUAAACAACUGUUAUAUUUCAUAAAAUGUAUACUUUAUUUUCCCAAAAAAAAGUAUUCUACAUAUUUAAAACAGAACCAGGUAUUUUUAGAUUAUUGUGAAAAGGGAACUGUUUUGAAGGCACAUCGUUGGUCUAUAUUUGAAAUGAUCAUUGAGUGUUGAUGAUCAGAAAUAGAGACAAGUGUGUGCUAUUGUACAGUACUGCAGACUGUUCAUAAACAAAUAAAUAAAAGUCUUUGCAUGAAA